AAUUCUUUUUCUGCCCAGUUCUAGUUCCUGGUCAACAUAGAAAUGUUGAGUACCUCGGCUGAGUUCUCACACAGAUGGGAUCAUUAUGGUCCUGGCCACCCUUCCUUGGAACCAGCUGAUUACAGACUGAAACCUCCACAAACGUCAUUUAGGUUGAUCUACAGGACCAGCCCGUUUGCUGUAAGAACCAGCCAGAGCAAGUGCUUUAAGACGUUAACCAAAGAAGCCAGUUGGACUAACCUUGUACGUCUUUCUCCUGAAAGUCACCGCAGGAGUGAGCAGCAUUGCCUCUACAACGAAACCUCACGUUCCCACACCUUGGGACAAGGAUGGCCACGACCCAGAGUGCAGUCUUUUUCGCGCUGGUGAUAUCCAGUGUUUGCAGCACAGUCUUCCACAGAGACCAGCAGACUUGGUUUGAAGGUGUCUUCAUAUCUUCCAUGUGUCCCGUCAACAUCAGUGCCAGCACCUUCUAUGGAAUUAUGUUCGACGCAGGGAGCACUGGGACUCGAAUUCAUGUUUAUACUUUUGUGCAGAAAACACAAGGACAGCUUCCAGUUCUGGAAGGGGAAAUUUUUGAAUCUGUGAAGCCAGGACUUUCUGCUUUUGUAGAUCAGCCGAAGGAGGGUGCUCAGACCGUUCAGGAACUGUUAGAGGUGGCCAAAGACUCGAUCCCCCGCAGUCACUGGAAAAGGACCCCCGUGGUGCUAAAGGCGACGGCGGGGCUGCGCUUAUUGCCAGAACGGAAAGCCCAGGCUCUGCUGUUGGAGGUAGAGGAGAUCUUCAAGAAGUCACCUUUCCUGGUUCCUGAUGACAGCGUCAGCAUCAUGGAUGGCUCCAAUGAAGGCAUAUUAGCUUGGAUUACUGUGAAUUUUCUAACAGGUCAGCUGCAUAGCCAUGGGCAGAAGACUAUGGGGACCCUGGACCUGGGAGGGGCUUCCACCCAAAUCACAUUCCUGCCCCAGUUUGAGAAAACUCUGGAACAAACCCCUAGGGGCUACCUCACUUCCUUUGAGAUGUUUAACAGCACCUAUCAGCUGUACACACACAGUUACUUGGGACUUGGAUUGAAAGCUGCAAGACUAGCAACCCUGGGAGCCCUGGAGACGGAAGGGAUUGAGGGACACACUUUCCGAAGUGCCUGUCUACCAAGAUGGCUGGAAGCAGAGUGGAUCUUUGGGGGUGUGAAAUACCAGUACGGUGGCAACCAAGAGGGGGAGGUGGGCUUCGAACCCUGCUAUGCUGAAGUGCUGCGGGUGGUACAAGGGAAACUUCACCAGCCAGAGGAGGUCCAGGGAGGCUCCUUCUACGCCUUCUCCUACUAUUAUGACCGAGCUGUGGAGACAGACAUGAUCGAUUAUGAAAAGGGAGGCGUUUUAAAAGUUGAAGAUUUUGAAAGAAAAGCCAGGGAAGUGUGUGGUAACUUGGAGAACUUCACCUCGGGCAGCCCUUUCCUGUGCAUGGAUCUCAGCUACAUUACAGCCCUGUUGAAAGAUGGCUUCGGCUUUGCAGACAGCACCAUCUUACAGCUCACAAAGAAAGUGAACAACAUAGAGACGGGCUGGGCCUUGGGGGCCACCUUCCAUCUCUUGCAGUCUCUGGGCGUCUCCCACUGAGCCAGGCCCUCCUCCAGGCCCCCUGCGCCGCAGCCUCUCACGGAGGAACAGGAGAGCCGCUGCUGAGCUCCUCGGGUGCGGAAGCCCCGCAGCUGGCUGUGCGGCGAAGGGACUUCGUGGGCGGUCUUGCCCUUGAACCUAGAGCUCUGGGUUUAGUUUUACUCAUCAGAUGUGAAGCACCUCCUGACCACUUGGGGUGCACAGCUGGCGCUAGAGCCUCGGUGAGCCACAGACAGCUCAGGAACUGAGCCUUGGAGUGGCAGCUCAGGGACAGGUCCCUGGGAACCAACAAAAAGUCUCAUCUCAACCCUUGGGAGUGCCUCAUUCCUCAGAAAUUGUAAUUGUAAUAUACUAAAUUAAACCGUUGUAUUUGUGACCUAUGAA